AUGAAAAUUGAUGGGUUAGAGGGAGGAGAGGCUAAGAGUCCAAAUCAGCAGGCGACUAACAUGGACUCUGAUCCCUCACUCGGUUCCAAGAGACGUUGGCAUGGACCUGACUACGCCCUGGAUAUGGACCGGACGGAAUUACGAGCCCGCCGUUUGCAAUUAUCGCAAGUAUGUGAUCUGGUGCCAACUCCGCCCACGUACCGUCAUGCUGUUAUCAAUACACUGGUGCAUUGUCAUAAAUCUGUGCAGAAACUUAAUGAGCAGGUGCAUCUCAACAUUGGUUUGAACAAGAUUCGUGAAACUGAAGAGCAGGUGAAAGAACUGCAAAAGAGUCUCACCUUGAAGAGCCGUGAGCUGGAGGAGAAGAAGACGGCUGCCAACUUGAAACUAAAGGAAAUGUUGGCUGAUCAGCAAAAGGCUGAAGACGAGAAACGUUUGUCUGAGCAACUUCAAAAGGAAUUGGCAGCGCAGCUGACGCAGAUCGCAGCAAAGAAAACCGAAGUGCAGAAAGAUCUCAGUCAGGUCGAGCCAGCUGUCGAAGAAGCCCAGCAAGCUGUCAAAGGAAUCAGAAAGAAUCAACUUGUGGAGGUCAGGUCAAUGGCAAGUCCACCAGUGAUGGUGAAAUUGGCACUCGAAGCCAUUUGCAUUCUGCUGGGAGAGAAUGUUGGUACCGAUUGGAAGGCGAUUCGUGGUGUCAUGGUCAAAGACGAUUUCAUGCCACGGAUUCUCGCCUUCGAUACUGACAGCAUCACGACGGACAUCUUGAAGCAGAUGGAGAAAUAUGUAAACAAUCCUGACUGGGACUUCGACAAAGUCAAUCGUGCUUCACAAGCUUGCGGUCCUAUGGUGAAAUGGGCAAAGGCUCAGCUGCUGUACUCUGGAAUGUUGCACAAGGUGGAACCUCUUCGUAAUGAGCUGAAACGGCUCGAAUCCGAUGCCAAGAAGAAGACCACUGAGGGUAAUGAGGUGAAGGCACGUAUUGCUCAACUUGAGCAGUCUAUUGCUGCCUACAAGGAGGAAUACGCACAGUUGAUCGGACAAGCCGAGAGUAUCAAGAUGGAUUUGGCAACUGUCCAGGAGAAGGUUGGACGAUCAACGGAAUUGCUAUCGUCACUGAGAUCUGAACGUGAUCGUUGGUCAGGUGGCUGUGAUGGAUUCGCUCAACAGAUGGAUACGCUUAUUGGAGAUGCGCUACUUUCGGGAGCUUUCCUCGCUUAUGCGGGUUACUUCGAUCAACAG